UGAAUGUGGUGGUCGAUCCCAGGCACCACACCAAGGGUCCUCCGCCACAUCAGCAAAAACCAAACCCAGUGAACAGCAGCAACCGCAGCCAUGGACCGGAGGCUAGGACUCCCGGCACCGCCGCCGCCGCCGCAAUCCCCGCCGGUCUCCGCAGCGUCGGCGUCGGCCCCGGCCUCGCCUUACUCCGCGCUCCACCCGCUCCUCCUCCCCUCCCCGAACCCGCACCUCCUCCUGAAGCCCAAGACGCUGACCCUCUCCCUCUCAUCCUCCUCCCUCGCCUCCAUGGCCUCCUCCUCGCCGCCUGCACCCGCCACCGACGCCUGGGAGCUCGUCGCAGCUGCGCACGUGGACGGAGACCUCGACGACUGCGCCAUCUUCCCGCCGCGCCUCCACGAGGGGCUGGGCCUGGAGGGGGAGCCCGAGGAGGAGGCGGCGGCGGCGGCGGCGAAGGAGGCGGAUGAAGAGGGAGAGGACGACGAGGAUGAGGAGGACGAAGAGUGGCUGUGGCCUUGGGGGUGGCGGUGGGAGAGGUGCCGCUUGGCGGCGAGGCGCGCGUGGGCGGCCGGGGUCGGGGCCGUGCAGGAGGGGGUGCUUGUGCACGGGACGUGCGGGUGCCCGGCGGUGAGACCCGCCGUGUGGUCGGCUGCGGCGGCUGCCGUUGUGGUGGGGGCGCUUCUGUACGCGCGCCGGCGGGAUAGGAGGGAGCGGGACCUGCUCGUGCUGCUCUCGAAGGAGAAAGAUAAGAGGAUAGCACAACUUCUGCAUCAAAUUGCUUUAAUGAGUGACAUCAGAAGCAGCAGUGAAGCAGUUAAGAUUACCAGGAUCUCCUAAUCGUUUUUCACUGUUGGAAAGGUUCACCUGCUAUGUUCUAGCAAAUUGAUUAGGUAGUUAAAGAAUCACACCCAUUAGUAUGCAGGAUCAACACGUGUAGCUUAAUUAUAGUAUAGUUGCAUUAUCUUCCACAGAUCUGAUGUUUUACGUAUGAUUAGACACUAAAACCUGCAAGGUUGCUACCCAACCUCAAGUAAUCAACACUUCAUCUCCAUUUGUUCUAAAAUCUGUACAUAGAUGGGUGAUGAUUUGGUAUGCUGUAGACAUGUGGAAAUUAUUGCUGAUAUGGACGACCCUGGACUCGGUUCUGUAUAUGUAAUUUCCAUUUUUCCAUUGUGAA